ACGACAGGUCUGUCAAUGUACUUGUCCGUCCUGAGACUCUUCCGAGUCUUUUGAUUGAAGCGAUAUUGUGACUAUCGAGACCACGUAUUUUUUUUCUUUCAAUUUUUCAUGAACAAAUCAAAAGUUUUCAAACUGGUGGUCAUGUCGGACGAAAGGUUUAAAAGUCAAGUACACAGUGUUAGUAAACGCGUAAACAUCGAAAUUUGAUUUCUCAUUAAUAUUUCUUUAAAUUUUAUAAAUAUAUGAAAAAUAAUAAUCGUCACGUCGACGACGGGUGGGGAAAAAUACACAAGCGUUGAAUGCUUGCAGAGGUAGUGAAAAAAGAAUGUCGAAAGACAAUAACAUUAAACGAAACAUGAAUGCCGAAUCUGAAAAAAUCGAGCACGGUACAUCCGCUCAUACGGAUAAGAAGCACAUUAGAUUUCGAACAGCAGGCAAACCAUCUAAGAAUCAGGGAUCCAGAAUUGAAGGACUGAACUUUGACCAGGCUCACUCUCAUCAGACUCAAUCUACAGAUAAACACCGUUUACCCAAAAAACAUGGUAUAUCGCUGUUGGAUUUUAUGCGUACUGAGCUCACAAGGGGCUAUCAGUUGGAAAAUGAUGAGAAAAGAUUUUCAGCAAGAAGAGAGAAAGUUUAUUCCUUUAUUACAAUUCCAAAAGAGGUUGAAAAAUUUAUGACGUAUGGAUUUUUGCAAUGCGCAGAUUCCUUCUUGUUUGUUUAUACGUUUUUGCCAUUGAGAUUUUUAAUGGCGCUUUGGGCCAUAAUAACGAGGCCCCUCAUGCAUUGUUUGAGAGGAAAGAAGCACAGUAGCAAAAAAUCAGAAAGGUAUUUGAGGCCGGCUGAAAUGUGCGAUCUCUUAAAGGGGAUCGUAGUUGUAGGAUGUUGGGCAGCGACUUGCAAAGUAGAUACAUCCAUGAUGUAUCACUUAGUCAAAAGCCAGUCAGUCAUUAAAUUAUACAUCUUUUACAAUAUGUUGGAAGUUGGCGAUAGACUUUUAAGCGCUUUUGGACAAGAUACAAUAGAUGCUCUCUUGUGGACAGCUACAGAGCCACGCUCAAGGUCGCAGUCUACUCACAGACAACACCUCGGCACACUGCCUCAUUUGUUAUUCACCCUUGGCUAUGUGUUUUUGCACAGCAUAUUCGUACUUUUUCAAGCUACCACGUUGAACGUGGCUAUCAACAGCAGCAACAAAGCUCUCUUAACAAUAAUGGUAUCAAACAAUUUCGUCGAACUCAAAGGCUCAGUUUUCAAGAAAUUCGACAAAAACAAUCUGUUCCAAUUGGCUUGCAAUGACGUGAGAGAACGUUUUCAUUUAACAAUGUUGCUCCUCGCCGUUAGUCUUCAAACUAUGAAAGAAUACGCUUGGCGAGCUGAUCGGUUGACCGUGCUUUUACCGGAUUGUAUAUUGCUAUUAAUCGCUGAAGUUAUCGUCGAUUGGGUAAAGCACGCUUCUAUCACCCGAUUCAACGAGCUUCGUUCAACAGUUUAUAGAGAUUACACGGUGAGUCUGGCUUAUUAUAUGGCCGAGACACGACAGGAUACAGCAUUUUCCGACCCGUCCGAUCUGGUAGCAAGGCGCAUGGGUUUCAUACCGUUGCCAUUGAGCGUGGCGAUGGGUCGUGUGCUGUGCACGACUCUGACACCAGCGGCAAAGCCAGCAAACUUCAUACUUCUCAUUCUCGCUUAUUUAAUUCUCGUUGCUCUGAGAGUUUUAACGAGUCUCGUAAUACUUGGGAAAGCGUGUGAUUUGAUAGCAGCACAUGCCAACAAAAGCGAAGCGGAAGCUCAGCAGAAGAGGAAAAGCUCAAAAGACUACGCGGCGAAUGGAAUGGAUCCCAUGGAUCCGAAUCUCGCGAUGGCCAUUCUGUCGAACAGUGCGGUCAGCCUGAACAACGUGUGUCUCAACGAUACCUUCGUAAAAACGGAGCAACCGUGUAAAUUCGAUAAACAUAAUAAAACAUGCAGCGACGAGUGCGCGUCAUUCUCGAAGCACGUCUCAAGAGCCGAGAGCGAACCACUUCUACCUCAAUGACGCAGAUUCAAUGCUUAUGCAACGUUAAUAUAGAUUUUGUAAUUAAUAUAUAUAUAUAUAAAACAAACGAUAAAAAAAUGUACAUAACAACGAUACUGUAUAUAAUACGUGUUAUUAGAGUAUUAUGUAAAUUAUAAGUCUCUUCAAUACAUCAACUAUAUGGCUAUGAUAUAACAGACCGUAAAAAAUCGUAAAGUUUAAGGGUGCAGUUGAAAAAAAGAAACUCCCAACAACACGCAUACAGGGUGUCGCACGAUAAAUGGUGAUAAAUAUAAAAUUAAGUUGAGAAACGAGUCAAAAUUGAAAAUCGUAGUGGUUUUUUUACCAGAAAUUGUCGUGUUUCUAAUUUUAUUACUUUUGUAUUAUUCAUUAUAUAAAUAUGACUAUUUCCCUAUUUAUUAUUAUUAUUAUUAUUAUUAUUAUUAUUAUUAUUAUUAUUAUUAUUAUUAUUAUUACGUUCAUUGGCGUCCAUAUAUCCAACUCAAACAGUUGAAGAUAGAACAAAAAAGAAAGGACUCGUUUUGUAGAGUAUGGAAUUUUCUAUAAGAGCUCCUAACAACACUUUUUUAUUUCCAGUGGUUCAGUCCUUAUUGGAGCUGAUUGGAAUCAAAAUACUUAUUUUCCAACGUUAUCAAAUUUUUUGAAUGCUUGAACUCAAUUUUAGGCUUAGAGAAAUUAGAGAAAGACAGGAAAGUUUCAUUAGGACCUUUUUCGUAAAAAAGCUUUAUAUAUAAUCUAUAAGAAUACAUAUUGUUCUAUCGUCUACCAUCUCUGAAGGGAAUGCUAUGGAAGAACACUCAUUUUCUAUCUAUCGCAUGUUCAAAUUUCUCCAGGAGACGAGCCGAUUCAAAAAUAUUAGGAGACUUUGUCUUGGAUUUCUUUUCUAAAAAUAAAUUUGUAUUCAUAUCAAUUAGUCGUUUGACACCCUGUAUAUACGGACAUUAGAAAAUUUUCAUAAGCUACACCGUUGUCUGCUUUCGUGCCAUUUUCCAACUGUUACGAAAUAUUUGGUGUGAUAUAUUUGUCAUUGUAUCACUAUAGAAAUAUAGAAGAAUCAUGUGUGAUUCAAUGCACGAAUCCAA